AAUGCCCCGAGACCCACGUUUCCCCGUGCUAGAGCCUUGCAUUCUGGCAUCCAGGCCCUUUUGCACCACUGCAAGUUGCUGAGUGUCUGCAUAGUUUGCAAGCUGGAACUUGGCAGAAUGGCUGAGACCUGCAAAAUGAAAUACACAGUGUUGGACAGCCCUUUGGGGAAGAUGGAGCUGUCUGGCUGUGAGCAGGGCCUGCAUGGGAUACGAUUCCUCCGCGGAAAGACCCCAAGCACUGACCCCACAGAGGCCCCAGCUAGUCCUGAGUUGCUCAGUGGGCCGGAGGGACUGCCAGAACCCCUGGUGCAGUGCACAGCCUGGCUGGAAGCCUAUUUCCAUGAACCUGCAGCCACGGAGGGGCUCCCCUUGCCCGCUCUCCAUCACCCUGUGUUCCAGCAAGAUUCAUUCACGAGACAGGUGUUAUGGAAGCUGCUGAAGGUUGUGAAAUUCGGAGAAAUGGUUUCUUACCAGCAAUUAGCAGCCCUGGCAGGCAACCCCAAAGCGGCUCGCGCAGUAGGAGGAGCAAUGAGGAGCAAUCCAGUCCCCAUCCUCAUCCCCUGCCACCGCGUGAUCUGCAGCGACGGCUCCCUUGGCAAUUACUCUGGAGGAGGGCAGACUGUGAAGGAGUGGCUUCUGGCCCACGAGGGCAUCCCAACCCGGAAGCCAACCUGCAAGGCCUUGGGUUUGACUGGGACCUGGCUCAGGCCAUCCCGUGGCUCCAGCAGCUCCAAGCCAUCUGGCCAAGAAUGAGUGGCUGUUGGAGUGCCAACACUCAGGAUGAGUUGAGACGACCCACCCUUGUGGAUGUCAUCGGCUCCCUUCUCUGACUUGGUUACUGUUAUUUUUAAUGCCUAUUAACGUGGGGGUGAGAGUGAGAAAGGCCUUGUGAGACCUAGGGCCCCUUUGCAUGAAGGGAGAUGCGUCUGACACCUGCAGACAACAGCUAGCCACCCCAGACUAUCCAUACCGCAGGCUGACCCCACCCUAGCGGGACCUCCCCCCUCCAGUCAUCCUUCAAACCAUUUAUCCUGAGGAGGUGGCAGGCCCCACUCAGUUCCCAAUACCCCACCCUCGUUGGCUGGAGGAAGGACAGGCUAGGAGAUAAAUACCUUGUUAAGGGUCUGCGUUGUUUCUCCACCUGCCAGGAAAGUGUCUUGCAUCCUCUGUGGCACUGUGGUCUACCAUGAUGAGAUGGGGGGAGGGGUAUCUUCCAGAAAUGAUUUGGAAUACUGAACAGCACACAGGGCAUGAAUUUGGCUGGGCUGUUG